GAUGUAUUGCCAAACCAUCGAUAAUGUGUGCAAAUACCGGGCUAAUAGGAUACCUGAGCGGGUAUAAAUCGAAGAAAGUUCUCCAAUUAUGAUUCCAUUUUUAGAGACUCGCUCAUUCUGCCCACAGAGCUCCUGAAAGAUAAGCGAUCGCCUACAAUGUUUAAAGUGUCUAAAUUUUAACUUCUUCCAUGUAAUAUUAUAGACGCGUGGCGACGCGUGGUGUUCUAGUCGAGACCUAUCUUUUGAGAAAUCAAAUUGCAGGCCAAGAUAUAAAGGCAGAAUUGUGCUAGGAAGUGGUAACCUGUUUACGUUGAUUAUAUCACAUCAGUUGUUUGCAGAGUGGAAAUAAUUAUUUCGUUCAAGCUCUACGCCUAAUAUAGUUUAACACACCACAAACGACUUCUUACAACUUAAGUUUGCAACGAGGUUAGUGCUCAAAAUACGUACUGAUAAUUCUGUGUUCCCUUUCUGCAAACUUUAACAAAUUAAAGAGCUAAGUUUUUUUUUGCAAAUUUUACAAGCUGAGGUGGACAUAUAUUACCAGGUUAUUACUGCAGACAAUGUGGAUGUGUUAGAUUAGCCAAAUUGAUUAUACCUACUGCAACAGGGCUACAAGUAUAGGUUUACAAGUUUUCUACUUUCAACAAGUGUUAGAUUGCAAAUUACCAGAUGUUAAAGGCAUCCUCGAAACGAAUUAUUCUUGUUUUUAAUUUAUAAACUUCUAAUUAAACAUUGUUAACCAUUUUUAUCGAAACAAGUUUUCCGUUUUUUGCUGAACAUUAUGACUGAUUAUGGUAGGAAACGUUCGUUUUUCAUCCGGGACAUUCUUGGACCCUCGUAUGAUCACGGGACCACCAUCGUACCUGUCGUCACCGAUACACCAAAAUCGUUCCCGUUUUCGUCAGACUCAAUAUUGUCUGAGAUACAUGCCAAAGCCGUGGAAAACACAUUAAAAUUCUUCCGUCCAAGAAUCCUCACACUUGAUUUCAACCGAAACUUCUCGUUCUCACCUCCGAAGCCGGAGACCCCGUGUGACGAUCACAAGUCAGAAGCUCCUUUGCCAGCCACCCUGCCAAUAAAGCCAAAGAGACCUAGGAGGCGCCGCACAACCUUCACACAGUCUCAGCUAGCUGUUCUAGAGAAGAAGUUUCGCUGUCAGAAAUACCUGAGCGUGGUGGAUAGGGGUGAGUUGGCGAACAACCUCAACUUGAAUGAGACCCAGGUGAAGACUUGGUACCAAAACAGAAGAACAAAAUGGAAACGAUUAACAGAACCAGGUGAAAGAAUGGAACAACUUAGAAACCAUUAUUGCGAUGAAGAAGGCUGUCCAGGUAGACUACGACGACAUGUUGACGACCUUGUGAGGUUGACCCACCAUGAGGCUAGCAAUGACCCCUGCAUAUCACAUAAUGGGGCAAGCAUUGACGCCAAAGUCGACAUCUGCAAUGAGUUAUCGUCUAGGUUUACUUGUCACGAUAUUACGAGUACUGUCUAAUUAGGCCUACUGAAAGCACGAAAAAGCCUAUAAUAGCUCUAUUAUAAUUACUGGCGUACCGGUAUACAUUUAUAUGUGUAUACAUUCAGCCCGCCUUCCCCUUCUUUAUCCGGUGCAAAUAGACUCACCAUUCAAUAAUCAUACCUUUAAAGUCGACAGGCCUAAAGUGAUGUAUAAGAGAUCAGUAGCGGAUUCAAGGUAGGGGGAGAGAGAAGCCAGCCCCGGGCCCCCUCCCCACCCCUAUUUUUUUUACCCAAAAAAUAUUGAGAAAAAAAGAAAAUUAUAUUCAAAUUUAAGUUGAGAGUGCCAUUUCCGACCAUCUAGAGGUGCCAUAGUCAUAAUUUUUCUUACCUCAGCCCCAACCAUGGUGGGGCUGACGUGGGUACAGCCUCCACUUGUGAAAGUUCCUCCCUGGGAAACUCUAUUUCGAAUUCCUGGAUACGCCACUGCAAAUGUGACUUGUAGCUUUGCGAACCUCAAAGAUUUAAGCCACAGAUUAAAAAGUAUCCCUCAAUCGUAUUAACCGAUUAUAGGGUCUGUUUUCCAACGAAAGCCCACUGACCCAGUGGUUAGGGCGUCACAAAGACAGCAAAAGAGAUCGAGUUCGAAUCCCAGUUGGGGUGACGUAUUUCCUACUCGCAGAUUCUUAUUCUUCAUCGUUUAUAAUUUAUAUUUGUAUAUAUGCAUAGGCAGCAGAAGGUCUUGAGUACGAAUCCUGAUUGGGGCAAUUUUGUUUUUCUUUCUGUUAUCGAAAUCGCAGAUUUCUCUUCUUUAAUGUUUAAAUUUUAUAUAUAAUUACAGCUCAACCGCAAGACGGGAAAUUAUUUUGAGUAAAACAAAUAUUUGUAAUUAAAGUCAGGUUUACUAAAUAAAAACCAAUGGAUUUUUUUUCAAAUGAAAUUAAUUAAUGUACAGGACAACCUAAUUAGGAAAGUAAGUUAUUUAAACUUUUUACUCCAUUUCGUAUAGCAUUUUUAAUUUAUAGUGUAAUAUUGGGUUCAAUUCUGAACUGUUAGAAAUAAAGUUUUGACAAUGACGUAGUUAUGAUUUUUAAUUUCACGGAUCAUUUUCUGUAUUUAUUUAGUAAUAUUUAAUUGAUUAUAAGUACAUUUGAAUGAAUAAAUACAAAG